AUGGAUAGACAUCAGUUUUGGGACGGUCUAGACACGGCCUCCGAUCGCCUGUCCUCCGCCCUAUCCCGCCUUACAUCCCCUUAUAUCCCGCCUUAUAUCCCGCCUAAUCCCGCUUUAUAUCCCGCCUUAUAUCCCGCGACACGUCCCGACCAGCGGCGGCGCCUGGCUUCAUUUAUGCUGCAUUUUGACCUGAUCUUUCUCUUCACCUCCAACAAACCAUCAUCACCAAAACCUCAUACUCAUCACCUCCAACAGACCUUCCUCAUCACCACCACACCUUACUCAUCACCUCUAACAGACCUUCCCCAUCACCACCACACCUUACUCAUCACCUCAACAAAAACCAUCAUCCAAAACCUCAUACUCAUCAUUCACCACCUCCAACAGACCUUCCUCAUCACCACCACACCUUACUCAUCACCUCCAACAGACCUUCCCCAUCACCAAAACCCCAUACUCAUCACCUCCAACAGACCUUCCUCAUCACCACCACACCUUAUCACCACUCCACAGACCAUUACUCCCACCUCAACACAACCUUCCCCAUCACCAAAACCCCAUACUCAUCACCUCCAACAGACCUUCCCCAUCACCACCACACCUUACUCACCACCUCCAACAGAACUUCCUCAUCAGCAAUAG